AGAGCGUCUCAGUGACGCGUGCACCACUAUGCUCGCUAGUUGAUUAUAAUUAUUAUAAGUGUUUUGAAUUAAAAAAGUGCCAAACACUCACUGUUAGAGUAGGAUAAUGUCUCUGAAUUCAGCGAAUGUGUUUAAAUACAUGACAUUGAUUGGAAAGCUUAAGCGAGUACAGCGAACAGGAUGGGUUCGCAAAGGUGUGAAAAGACCAGAAAGUGUCGCAGACCACAUGUACCGCAUGGCAAUGAUGGCGAUGUUGGCGCCUCCUGGGUUGGACGUAAAUAAAUGCAUCAAGAUGGCCUUAGUUCAUGACAUGGCAGAAUGCAUUGUGGGGGAUCUGACACCUCAUGAUAGCAUAACCAAGGAAGAAAAGCACAAAGCUGAAGAGGCAGCAAUGAAAGAAAUGUGCACACUUGUAGGAGACGGAACUGGUGACCAGCUCCUGGCAUUAUGGCAGGACUAUGAAGAACAGGUUUCAGAAGAGGCAAAAUUUGUGAAAGAUCUGGACAAACUGGACAUGGUGAUGCAGGCCUAUGAAUAUGAACAGCUAGAGGAACGACCAAAAUUUCUUCAAGAGUUCUUUGACUCCACAGAAGGAAAGUUUGUCACAGACACUGGGUGUGCCUGGAAGGAGCAUCUGGAUGCCUUACGAAAAAAUAAUGUGCAAAAUUUGUUCAGUGAUACAGAACUUCCUAACCAGAAGACGUGAGUUGCUGUGACUCUUUGUGACAUUUCAUGGGCAUUCACCUGUAAAUCAGCCAUACUGAUGAGGGAAGGAUUAAAUCAUAACUUGCACAACUUGAUGUUGGGCUAAUGGAGCAGUGUCUUUUUCUUAUGACUUGACAUGUAUUAGCAGCUUGUGUGUGACUGGUUUUUUAGAGCCUCUGCUGAGACAAAAAAUGCUCUGGUUGCGAAAUAAAUGAUUACUAGAAACCAAAGGGGAGACAAUUUAGGGGUCAAUCUUUACCAGUGGAAUUUAAACACAAGGCAAUAACAGGCAUUAUGCCAUACAUUUGUAUAUUACUUUUGUUUUUAAUUUUAGAUGUUUUUUAAAGCAGUUUAAAUACAGUUUUAUCACCACAGUUAACCUGAAGGUACUUGCAUCCACUGCUGAUGUUUUAUUUAAAAUAGCUAGAUUUUAGAAAUUGACACAGAUGAACAAGAUGACUCAUCUAUUGUAGUUCUUCAUCUUGGGCAUGAUAACUCAGAGACCUUGCACAUGGAUAAUGGUUGAAGUGUAAAACUUAAUCAUGUACAUGUUGUUGGCCACAUUAAACCAAACUGACUUUGGGGGGAAAAAUAUUGUGUCAUUACUAUGUAUCAUUACACUACAGGUGCAGAGAAUUUUUGCUGAUCAUCUUGAAACAAAAAUACAUUUAAGUGCUAAGGGCAGGAGCUGAAUGAAGAAGCGCUGUUUGUCCAAGUUACUAAGCUAAUUAUUUUAAAGAUCAAAUUGAAGAAUCAAAGCCUUUUUGUAGUAAACAUGGAAUGUGAAGCAUAAAUUUUGGGUUGUCUAGUUAAUAUUCAUCUGCACUCUGUCAGCAAGUUGUUUGGUCCUGUUAAAAUAAAUCUGAGUUCUGGACAACACCCA